GGGGAGGUGGAGCCGGGCCUCAGCCGCUUCCCCGCCCCGGGCUGCGGCAUCCAGCACCCAGAGUCUGCCCUCGCCCCGGGACGGAGGGCAGCAGCCGGGCCUGAGGAGGGAGCCAGGAGGCGUUCGGCGCUUUAUGAGGGGAGCCCGGCCCGGCCCCGCUCCCGCCUGAGGUGGGAGCCGCCCGACAGCCCCAUUCAGCCUGACCCAAGGAUGGAGUCCCUCCCUGAAGCAGUCCUGAUCAGAAUCCUGGCUUCCAUACCUGCAGUCGAUUUGGUGUUGGCAUGCCGCCUGGUCUGCUGCCAGUGGAAGAACCUGGUCGAUGGAGCUGCUCUCUGGAUCCUGAAGUGUCAGCAGGAAGGCCUCACUGGAACAGAGUCAGAGGAGAAUGCAGAGAACUGGCAAAACUUCUACUUCCUGAGUAAGAAGAGGAGGAAUCUCAUCAAAAACCCGUGUGGCGAAGAAGACAUGCAACACUGGGGAGAUGUGCAUAAUGGAGGUGAUGGCUGGAAAAUUGAAGAGCUCCCAGGAGACUUUGGAAAAGAAUUCCCUAGUGAAGGAGUUCAUAAAUACUUUGUUACAUCUUAUGAGUGGUGUCGGAAGUCUCAGGUCAUUGACCUGAGAGCUGAGGGCUACUGGGAAGAGCUGAUGGAUACAACCCAGCCUAAAAUUGUGGUGAAAGACUGGUACGCAGGACGCAGUGAUGCUGGCUGCCUUUACGAGCUCUAUGUGAAGCUGCUUUCAGAGAAUGAGGAUGUGCUGGCUGAGUACAAGACUGAGACUAUUGCCAUCCCGCAGGACAAUGAUGCCAACUGGACUGAGAUCUCCCACACCUUUUCCAACUAUGGUCCUGGGGUCCGCUUUAUCUGCUUUGAGCACGGUGGCCAGGACACGCUGUUCUGGAAGGGAUGGUAUGGUGUACGUGUUACCAACAGCAGCGUGACGGUGGAACCAUAGCCAAGCUGAACCGGGGCCUGCUUGCCAGAGCUGACUCCCCUCAGGCCAUCCCACAGGCUUUGGAUGGCUUCUGCAUGGUGCUGCUUCCAGGCUGUAGAGCAUACAACUCCCGUAUGAAUGUGCGUGCCAGAUGCCAGGGGCCACCAUCCAUCUCUCCUCAAGAGGACUAUGCAAAGAAUAGGAACAGAUGGGUGAAACCACACAAGACAGCCUCAUAGUUGCACUGAUGUUCUCUGUUGCACAUAAAAUUACCUAAAAAUCCUUACUGAGAAGGAAACCUUGCUGCUCUCCUGAGAGGUAUCACCCCAGCCAUGAACACCCAGCCUGCACUAGAUACUCUCAUGCCUCCUUCCCAGACUUGAGCACUGUUAACUCUAAGGAGGACUCUGGGCGUAUUUUCAGGAAGUUCAGAAGGGGGAAAAAAAAUAAUACAGGAAAAAAAAGAAAGCAUAGACAUUGUGUCUCUGCUGAGAACAGACCAGGAAAGCCAGAGUCCCGUCCCAGCUCUGUCACCAACUACUUCCAUGGCCUGUGGUGAGGAUCUUAGCUUCUCCCAUUCGUAAGUGAUAGAUGCCAUGGCCUGCCUUAGAUGAGCUCUGCCUUGGCUGCUAAGUGCCGCUCCCUGUUUUAAUUGUGAGAGAUGAUAAUGCCAAGCAAUAGGGAUUGGAUCCUUCUCUAUUACAAUUUUCCCAGCAUCUAUUUAUCAGGGAAAGUGUUGGGAACUGAAACCACUCUGGUGUGCACUGUGGAGCUUCAUUUGGCUCUCAAACAGCAACUGAGAAUAAUUGCUGUGAGAAAGACGAGGACUUGGGGAAAUGUCUCACAAGCAAAUUGCAGAAGGGGCCCAGGAACAAGUGAAAACAAAAUGCGUCUGCUCCUUCCCGGCCUCUGCUUGCUUCAUGCAAAUCUAGUGGGGCUCUUUGCAGGCAGGAGAUUCACAGAAUAUUCUUCACACAGAAAGCUGUCAUUAGCUCUGCUUGAUCUCAGUUCUUCCUGCCUGCUAACAGUGUCUGCAAGAAGUACACGCCUGCCUUCCCUCCAUAUGCUCACCAAGACAGCACUUUGUACAUACGCCCACCAGUGCCUCUGGGUAUCACUCAGGGCUGUGAGCCCCCAUCCUGAGCAGAAACAUCUAAGCUUCCCUGAGCCAAGCCUGUCCCUUCUAGUCAGUCCCCUCAGAAAAGCAUCCUCAGACAUUGCCCAGAGCUAGGUGCUUCCAUUUUUAUGUUCAUCUGUUUUCUCUUCCUGGCCUGCCCAGGCAGAGCACAUACUUGGAUGCCACCUGGCAGCAAAGCACACCGGUACAAGUGCAGAGUACUGGUAUCACCUGGAGCCAAAGACAGCGACUUCUGAGCCGGUCACUUUGUGUGCAUUCUGCUUCAUCAGGCUUUCUGCACUGCUGCACCCAGCUGCCUCAGGCACACUAGCCUUCCAAACCACAAUCGUGCCAAGCCAGAGUCCAGGAAAACAUAAUAAAAAAUGACACAGUUGUAUGUGGAUCUUC